GGUACUUGAACAAUGAUGAAGCGACUAAGUCUACAAUUGAGAAAGAUGGAUGGCUGCAUACAGGAGACAUUGUUUAUUUUGAUGAAGAUGGAUACUUGUAUGUUGUAGAUAGAUUGAAAGAAGUUAUCAAAUAUAAAGGCUUCCAGUUGCAAAAUUUGUACUUUUGCCUUUUCUUCAGUACUUGUGUGUACGGUUGUGUGGCUUCUCAUGUUUUGCAGAUUGCGCCAGCUGACCUUGAGUCUGUGUUGAUGUCUCAUCCAGAAAUUGUUGAUGCUGCUGUCACAGGGGCAAGGGAUGAAGAAGCUGGAGAGAUUCCAGUGGCAUUUGUAGUCAGGAAGGAAGGAAGUACACUUUCUGAAGCAGCUGUGAUAGAAUUCGUUGCAAAGCAGGUUACACCAUACAAGAAGAUCAGAAAGGUGAAUUUCAUAGCUUCAGUACCAAGAUCUGCAGCUGGAAAGAUUCUUAGGAGGACCUUAAGACCCUUGUUACUUUCCAGAGUUUAGUCCUUUUUCCAAAGUGUCAAUAGCUAGGCUGUAACCUUCAAGAAUGAAAUUUCAAUGGACUUUUCACAGGGACAUACUCCUUGGAAUGUCAUAAAAGUCAAUAGUUAGUUCAAGAAAUUUGUAGCUCCAUUCAUUGGAUUUUGGCGGUCAUUUCAUGUUAAUAGUUUUUCCCUCAUAGUGGAUCUUCUUAGAAGAUUACACUCUUCCCCCACUCCAUCUUAUAUGUGA